CCGAGAGGCAGAAGAAGAAAAGGAGUCGGACAUCGAGGGAAGGUCCUACGGAGGAGCUCGGAAAGUUAACCAUUGUAAAGGCCGACUCUUCCAGGUGGGCAGCGACGACGACAGGGCAUCACCAUGUCCGCCGGCAAGGUUCUGGCCCUGGUUGUGGUUGUUGCAAGCUUUGCGAUAGUUGCCCUCGGCGUCUCAUGGUGCUGCUGGUGCGUGCGCAGCAUCUUCGGCACAGCCGACAAGAGCAUCCAGGCCGUCAAGUCGGUGGCCACGGUCGCCGAUACGAUGGACUCUUCUGCACGGGCAGCCCAGAGCUCACUGCUCUCGGCCACCUUCCCGAUGACGGCGACGACGGCGGCCAUCACCCACCCGCGGGCCACGGCCAGCGAGCCGCGGAUGCUCAACGCGGCCGCCGAAGUUGACGCCCCGGCGAAGCAUUCGCAGCCCCCGUUCGCCAGCGACAUCUACCACUCGGUGGCUGAGAACGCUUGCACUACGCCCAGCACCACAAGCGCCACGAAAAUGCUCGACUUGCCGUCACCCAAGCCCGCGGACAACAGUGCUACCUCGUUGCCGCCGAAGGCCACGCGACCCGACGACUACCAGCUCUCAGAACCCUUCCCGGACGUCAGCGUUGGUAUGCAGAAGAUGAGGCCGAAGGUCGACCUGUUCAUGCGAAAAGAAAUGUGCGCACUGCAGUCCGUGAGGCGCUUUUCCCGACGGUCCGUAAGGGGUUCUGGGGCGGAUGGCCUCAAGCAAGAAAAGCUAGAAGCCGGCAACGAGUGCGCAACAACAGUGAAGGCUCUGAAACUGGAAGACUGGGAUGAAGAAAAUGCCUCAAGUAUCUUUGAAUCUGCCAGCGCCACGACGCCGUCUCGAAGGGAUUCUGCAUCGGCAAAGUCCGUGACUGGCAGCUUAUUGCGUAGUCCAGAACCCGAACAAAAGCUCCCGGAUCAGAAGUUCAUGCCACAGAGCGGCAUUGGUACUUUACCUGCCGGCAAUUCUGUAACCCAGCAAACACCUGAACGCCCUACUUUGGCUGUGGUCAAUUCAAGUGGGCUGCGAUCAUACCAGCUUCCUACUGACCGAACGAGACCUGCCCUGGGCUGCGAAGAAAUCAUCUUCGGCCAGCAGCUGGAGGUACCCUCACCUCCGUACAAGGAUGCCUCGGACGUAAAUGGUGCUGCACGUGGCCACAUCUCUACUGCAGUCAUUGGGAAAAAGGGCGGUGAACGAAGACGCAGCUUCAAGAUGCCUAUCGAAUCCGACAAGGUCGAAGGCUUCACCAAGGCGCGAGGUACCGCGACUAGGCCGACCAAAGGCGCCGUAGGAAAGCUUGGGGAGCAAGCAGGCGCAAAGCCAUCUAAAUCACCAUGGGCCGGAAAGAGGUCUCUCCUCAGGAAAGCGCAAAGGGCUGCGGCGUUGUCACCAAGAAAGGGCAGCGGCACCCCUGAGGUGUCCAUCGUCAUCAACGUUCCGAAGAAGGAGAUGUCUCUGCUCGAAGUGACCAAGGAGCAGAUGCUCGCGAGCGCUAAUCAUUGUUCGGGCUCCUCAAGGAAAGAAUCCCUGUGAGAAUCUUUACAAUAUAAGCAGUCGUGUUUUUUUUUUUUG